GCCCUGAUCUGUUAUUUGAAUCAAAAACAAAAGCGUGUAAUGAACAAAGAAUUAUUUUAAAUAGAACAAAGUUAUUGAAUUUUGAUCAAGAGCAGCAUUCGCUAAAAAUUAACCCAAUAACUGAUGUAAAGACAGGAAUUCUUGUUAAAGCCGGAAAUAAAUUUGAGGAAGAGAAAACAGAGGUGAAAGACAUACAAAAAUUCUCAGAUUUAAUUCAUCAGUAUAUUACUUUGCCGGAGGAGAUUAAACGACCAGAAGAGGAGGAUGUACUCUCAGGAAUGUUAGGCUUCCCAAAAAUACUGGAAGAUGAGUUUGGUAUUGGAAAAGGGAAGGAAUUGGCUGAAGAUAUUCACAAUAAAGGAAAUGAAAUUAUUUCUGGCGCAAAGGAAUUCAUCGAGGAUAAAUGGUCAUUCAUGCAGAGAUUAUAUUGGAUUUUAAUGGCUUUUUUAAUUUUGUCAGCCCUAUUAGUAAUUACAUAUUUAUCAUGGAAAUUUCGUGCCUUAUUCUCUAUUAUGUGGAAAGGAAUAUUGAUUGGGCGAUCGUUUAUUAGAAUUUUCUUUGGAGGAAAGAGUGGUAGACAUAAAAGAAGUGAAAUUAAAGUUAAUGCUAUUGAAUUGGAAGAAAAAUCCCCUACCCCUUCAGCGC